ACACGGCCAAGGAAGACGAACCCGAACCCGUGCCCCGGCCCUUCUGGGAGUGCCUCAAGCCCGCCACCUCGACGAUUGAGUGCGGAAAGGCCUUCAGCUUCGACCCGAUUGGCGACCUGACCCUUAGAGUUGGCGAGGAUGUAGUCGCCUACGAGUUCAUCGUCUGCUCCCGAACACUCUCUCGGUGGUAA